GUCACCCAAUGUCACCCAACAUGGCAUCCCAUGGCACCCAGUGGCACCCAGUGGCACCCAAAAUCACCCUACGUGGCACCCAGUGUGACCCGGUGUCACCCACUGUCACCCACUGUCACCCAACAUCACCCUACGUGGCACCCGCUGUCACCCGGCGUCACCUGGUGUCACCCAAUGUCACCCAACGUCACCCUACAUGGCAUCCCAUGGCACCCAGUGGCACCCAACGUCACCCUAUGUGGCACCCAGUGUCACCCGGUGUCACGCAAUGUCACCCAACGUCACCCUACGUGUCACCCCAUGGCACCCAGUGUCACCCGGUGUCACUCGACGUCACCCAGCAUGGCACCCGGUGUCAGCCGGUGUCACCCACUGUCACCCUACGUGUCACCCCAUGGCAUCCCAUGGCACCUAGUGUCACCCGCUGUCACCCGGUGUCACCCAAUGUCACCCAACAUGGCAUCCCAUGGCACCCAGUGGCACCCAGUGGCACCCAAAAUCACCCUACGUGGCACCCAGUGUGACCCGGUGUCACCCAAUGUCACCCUAUGUGGCACCUGCUGUCACCCGGCGUCACCCGCCAUCACCCAAUGUCACCCAAUGUCACCCUACAUCACCCUACGUGGCACCCAAUGGCACCCAACGUCACCCUACGUAUCACCCCAUGGCAUCCCAUGGCACCCGCUGUCACCCGGUGUCACCCACUGUCACCCUAUGUCACCCUGCGUCACCCAGCGUGGCACCCCAUGGCACCCAGUGUCACCCGGUGUCACCCAGUGUGGCACCCAGUGUCACCCGGUGUCACCCUACGUCACCCUACCGUGGCACCCAGUGUCACCCGGUGUCACCCGGUGUCACCCACUGUCACCCAGCGUCACCCUAGAUGGCACCCGGUGGCACCCAGAGUCACCCAAUGUCACCCUACGUCACCCUACGUGGCACCCAAUGGCACCCAACGUCACCCUAC